AUGGAUUCGCAAAAAUUACAGCAGUUCUUUGAUAGAGUCUCCCAAGUCAUUGGGGAAGACAAUGUAUCUCUUCACGCCUCUUCAGGUGGACUGGAAGGGCCUUCGGGCUCAACAGCCUAUGGUGACCCCUUUGCAUCCGCCACAAACCGUGACCCCAGUGGAGCCGUGCGUCCAAAGAAUGUCGAAGAAGUUCGUGAGAUUGUUCGUCUGGCAAAUCGGUUUGACAUUGCAUUGUGGACAGUUUCUCGUGGGAAAAAUCUUGGUUAUGGAGGCUCCGCACCAGUCGUCAAGGGAACUGUUGUACUGGACCUCCAUCGAAUGAACACCAUUGUCGAAAUAAAUGAAGAAUACGGCUAUGCUGUCGUGGAGCCAGGUGUAUCUUUCUUCGAUCUGUACGAGGAAAUCCAAAGACGGGGUCUCAACCUCUGGCCCUCUGUACCAGCCAUUGGCUGGGGCUCCGUCCUUGGAAACACCACAGAUCGUGGGUUCGGCUACACACCUUUGGGGAACCAUGCUGAGGCACAAUGCGGUAUGGAAGUCGUUCUACCAAAUGGCGAAUUGCUGCGGACUGGCAUGGGCGCCAUGGAGGGUAGCGAGCUUUUUGCACUCUAUAAAGGUGGUUUUGGUCCCAGCGUAGAUGGACUCUUCUUCCAGUCUAAUCUAGGAAUCGUCACAAAAGUAGGCAUCCAGAUGAUUCCCGCUCCGGAAGCCUACGCUACCGUCGAAGUCGAAGUACCCCAAGAGUCCGAUCUUGUGGCCCUUGUGGGCAUAUUAUCAGACUUGAUGCGUCGUUCCGUCAUUCUCAAUUCUCCAUCAAUUGCCAACAUCUUUCGCAUUGCGCUCACAUCAGGCGUCGCUGGGGUACAGGCAAGGCUACAAGAAUGCAUGAAACCAAACAGCUACGUACCCUACGAUGUCCUCGAAGAGAUUCGUGUAGAGCAAAAGUGGGGUUUCUGGAGGGCAUAUUUCUCCCUGUACUCGCAAGUUGAGAUGCUUCCCGGAUUACUCCAAGCAACCCGUCGAGCAUUCGACGCCCUCCCCGGAGCUACUAUGAACUGGCGAGAGUUCUCCGGAAGACCAGGAGAAUCAAUUACCACUGCUCUCAUCAAGGAAGAAGAAAUUCCCCACAGCGGCAUCCCUACGCUUGCGCCACUGGCCAUUCUCAACAGUCGCCAGGGGCCAGGUAGUCAUGUCGACUACUCGCCUCUCUUCCCGCCUUCUGGUCGGGAGCUCUACGAGUGGUAUCUCAAAGCCAAGCAACGAACGGUCGAUGCCAAGUUUGAUUUCUUUGCGGAUUUCCACGUGUUUCCCAGAUAUGUGAUUGGCAUCGAACUGAUCAUUUACACUGCUGAGGAAGCGGAGAGGGUUGAUCAGCUUAUGCGUCAUGUUAUUCAUGAUGCGGCUGAGAUGGGGUAUACAGCGUAUCGGACCCAUCUUGAUUAUAUGGAUGAAGUUGCUUCGCAUUUUAAUUUCAAUGGUGGUGCUUUGAGACGGUUCACUACUAAGCUCAAGGAUAUCCUGGAUCCCAAGGGGAUUCUGUCGCCCGGAAAGUCUGGGAUUUGGCCGUCCAAUAAGUCGGGCUUGCAUUCGAAGCCUCGGAUGUAG